AUGAAAACUACAACUCCCUAGAGGCGUAUCGUACGAAGCGCGCUGACGUCAUCAACAGCAGACGCGCGCUGCUCGGGAUCAUCGUGUCCCUGCUCCGUCCGUCCCUGUGGAGCAGUGUGAGUCAGUGUGUGUGUAUGUGUGUGAAUACAGACUGUGUAUAUAUGUGUGUGUGUGUGUCAGAGUCACAGGUAACAGUCACACACACUCAUAGAUGGCUGCUCCUCUCAAAGUGUGUAUCGUCGGCUCUGGAAACUGGUGAGUAGGCUGCUGCUGAUGAUAAAGAGGAGGAGGAGGAGGAGGAGGAUGCAGAUACAUGAUGGACUGAUACAUGAGAGGGUCAGACUGCUCUGCAGGACAUAAGAUCAAAAAAUGAAAAGAUGAUAGUCUCCCAAUUUUCAGAAUGAAUUCAAUCUACUUUUAAAGGUUUGAUUUAAGAAGAUCAGAGAGGUUUGUAGUUUCUGGGGCUGUUGAACAAAAGAAAGCAGUUCAUAGAGUUUCUCAGUCACCCCACAGUGCUGGAAACAGGGUGGGCAGUAAACCAAAUAAAGAAAAAUAUUGAAACCCUCAGUCACAUGGUGUUUCUCAUCCCUCAUGGUUGCAUGGUUACAAUAAUUUAUUGUUGUUAUAGAAAUGAUAGAAAUUGCAUCAGCUUGGAGUCACAGAUACAACAUGAUAUGACAAAUAUGCAAAUCGAUAGACCACCACAUUCUAUGACAGGAUAACACAUGAUUGCUACAGUGGAUAUAAAAAGUCUACACACCCCUUUGUUGCAGCACCUUUGGCUUUUAUUACAGCACUCAGUCUUUUUUGGUAGGAGUCUAUCAGCGUGGCACAUCUUGAUGUGGUGAUAUUUGCCCACUCCUCUUUGCAAAACCGCUUCAAAUCUGACAGAAUGCGAAAGCAUCUCCUAUGCACAGCCCUCUUCAGAUCACCCCACAAUGUUCGAUGGGAUUCAGGUCUGGACUUUGGCUGGGCCAUUCCAAAGUCUCCAUCUUAUUUUGGUGAAGUCAUGUUUUUGUUGAUUUAGAUGUGUGCUUUGGGUCAUUGUCGUGCUGAAAGAUGAAGGUCCUCUUCAUCUUCAGCUUUCUAGCAGAAGGCCGAAGGUUUUGUGUCAACACUGACUGGUAUUUGUAGCUGUUCAUAAUUCCCUCCACCCUGACUAAGGUACCAACAUGACAGUUGAGACAUGAUCUGUUACAUGCUGUAACAAUUAUUAAUAUAAAAGUAUGAAGAAAUGAUAGAGCAUGACACGAAGAAGCAAAACAUGAUAUGAAACAUGAACUAGCAUGAUAUGAAAUGAGAUUACUAGAUGUGACAUAAUAUCACAAUGUACACUGAACAAAAAUAUAAACGCAACACUUUUGUUUUUGCUCCCAUUUUUCAUGAGUUUAGACUUUUCUAUGUACAGAAAAGGCCUAUUCUAACAUAUAUUGUUCACAAAUUUGUCUAGAUCUCUGUUAGCGAGCACCUUUCCUUUGCCAAGAUAAUCCAUCCACCUCACAGGUGUGGCAAAUCAAGAUGCUGAUUAGACAGCAUGAUUUUUGCACAGGUGUACCUUAGCCCGGCCACAUUAAAAGGUCACUCAAAAAUGUGCGACAGCAACGGCACUACAUGAUUUUUAAAAAGAAGGAGGAAAAGUAAAAUUAGAGAUACCCCCUUCCUUUUUUUCCCUCUGACACACAGAAACACACCCUGGUGCAGAGUGGAUAGUUAAACUUUGAUCAGACCUCUAAACCACUUAAGUCUUCAGUUCCUGACUAAAUAGUUGUCUGGUUUCUACGUUGUCUUGCAUAUUUGGUCGAUUUACCUAACUAGUUGGUUAUCCUCCCAUGUAAUUGAUCCUGGAUGUGACAGCACCCCCUUGUGGUGCAGUUUUCAGCCGCUGUGAGUGAAUGGAUUUUGACCUCCUGGCCUUCUAUGUGAUUUCAGGGGCUCAGCCAUUGCCCGGAUCAUCGGGAGGAACGCCACAGUGCUGCAGCAUUUCUCCUCCACGGUGAAGAUGUGGGUGUACGAGGAGAACAUUAAUGGCAGGAAGCUCACUGACAUCAUCAACACGGAGCAUGAAAACGUCAAAUACCUGCCUGGGUACAAACUGCCAGAGAACGUGGUGAGUGAAAAUAUUCUGUUUUUGUGAAAUAUAAGUCUGUUAAUAUCUGUAGAACUUUCACAAUGAUUAUGGUGUUUUAAGCAGCAACAACAGGAAAAACUUAAAAUUAAAACAGGUUUUCUUCACCCUGAGCUGUCGCAGUUUGAAACUGUUCAUUUUAGUCUUUCACCACACAGAUGACUGCUUAGAAUCCUCACAUCCAAUCCCACAUCAAACCCUCUACAUACUCAGUUUAGAUUGGUCUCUCUCCUUUUUUGUUCUCCUCAGGUUGCCGUCCCUCGUCUUUGUGAUGCUGCAGAGGGAGCAGAUCUCCUGGUCUUUGUGGUUCCUCAUCAGUUCAUCAGAAAACUGUGUGACGAGAUGUCGGGCUGCGUUUCCGCCAAAGCUCGAGGAAUCACGCUCAUCAAGGUAGAAAUGUGUUAAAACUGCUACACACUGACUCAAGCAGUCUGAGUUGUAAAGCUCCUUAUUAUUCACAUAAAGAAGGAUAUUUUUUACAUCUGAUGCCAACCAGACAAUGACUUUUUCAGGGAAGACCUUCACAUUUCAGCAGGACAAUGACAAACCACAUUCUGAAGGGAUAACAACACUAUGGCUCUGUAGUAGAAGAGGAAGAACCAUCCUUCCUGCAGUCACAUGUUCUCACUUUCUGACUGUCUGUGUCUCUGUUCGUCUCUGUGUGUCUCUCUCAGGGUAUAGACGAGGGUCCUGAUGGUCUGAAACUGAUCUCUGACAUCAUCAGGGAGAAGAUGGGGAUUGACGUCAGCGUCCUGAUGGGAGCGAACAUCGCCAAUGAGGUGGCGGCUGAGAAGUUCUGUGAAACCACCAUUGGUAAGUAGGAUCUAUACACACCUUUGUUAACAAUGGUUUACAUUACAAAGUUCUCUAACAAAAUAAAAAGUCACAGAAAUCACUUCAUACACUUUUAAAAUCAGUAAAAGUUUAAAAACAUGUAAAAAAAUUAACAUUCUUUAUCAUGAUCGACAGUAAAAUAUCAUCUCCUCUGGGUGUGCAGGCAGCAGGAUUCUGGAGAACGGGCUGCUGUUCAAAGAGCUGCUGCAGACUCCAAACUUCAGGAUCACUGUGGUGGAUGAUGCAGACACUGUGGAGCUGUGUGGAGCUCUGAAGGUAUGGCAGAGAAGGACUAGGAUAAAAAAAAAAAAACACAAAAAGGUUAACAAGCUGAGAAAAAUGCAACAUUAGUCUGAUUAGGACACAGGUGGACAAAACAAUAGGUGCUCACAGUCUUCUGUGUUUGUGUGCUGAGGGCAGGCUGUGACGACUGUAUCUGGCUGAACUCUCAGCCUCUGAUUGGUCAACAGACCAAAACAGCGACGGCUUCCCUCCUUUAACAUAGUGAGCUUACAGCAAAGAUAGUCUUGUUGAACUCAAAUGAAUCCAUAAAUCAUUCAGACCACCUUCGUUUUCCUCUCUGUGUUGGUGUCAGAACAUCGUUGCAGUUGGUGCAGGUUUCUGUGAUGGGCUGCAGAGCGGAGAUAACACUAAAGCUGCUGUGAUCCGUCUGGGGCUAAUGGAGAUGAUUGCCUUUGCCAAACUCUUCUCCAAGAACGAAUCUGUCUCCACCGCGACCUUCCUAGAGAGCUGCGGUGUGGCUGAUCUCAUCACUACGUGCUACGGCGGCAGAAACAGACGUGUUGCCGAGGCUUUCUCUAAAACUGGGAAGGUUGGUGCUGGUUAUUGUAAACCUUUCUGCAGUGACACGUGAAACUCUUUAAAACAUUUCUAAAACAGCUUUUUGUGUGUUUUUCCCUCCUGCUCUCAGAGCAUUGAGCAGCUGGAGAAAGAGAUGCUGAAUGGUCAGAAGCUGCAGGGUCCCGCCACCUCAGCGGAGGUUUAUCACAUCCUCAAACAGAGAGGCCUGCUGGAAAAGUCAGUAAAUUCAUCUGUUUUUUAUUAACUCCUCAUCUGAGUGUUUUCACACUGAGUGGAUCAUUUCUAAUCAUUAAUGCACUCAUUUUUACACUUCAGAAAAUUCUUUGAAACUCUGGUAAAUAAACUUUAAAGGUCACAGGAUAUGUAACUAGUAUUUUUAAAACCUGGGUCCUAUUUCUUCACAUAAUUUAUAGUUUUAACAACUAAUAGAAAGUUUUAGAUUACCUUAGUGGAUUUUCAGCCACAACAAAAUAUUUUGCAACAGCGCUGUAGAGAAGCUUGGCUGUCAUCAUGCAUGUGUACUUUUACAUUGGAGUGAUAACAGGUCCCAAUUUCAGGUAAACACAGUGAUGCAUGCACAUGGUCAAACAUGCACACACACACAGCAGUGUUUCGCCCUGCUCGCUCCACCCCCUCACAGUGAUCCUGUCAUGCCUUUUUUUCUGACCUCGCCAAGGUGACUCCCACCAUAGUUUUGAGAUUUAAUACGCCUCAGGAGUUGUCAGGCAGAGUUGCUUUGUGCUUCUUGGGCUUAAAUUUCGCCACCGUGUGACAAAUGAAGGUUGUCCUUAUCUCAUCUUAACCACUAUUGCAAUGCAGUAUGAAAAAACAUACAAAUUCUACACUCUUGGGGGUUGAAAGUGGAAGUGGAAUGGUUUAAUGCUGGCAAAUUUUGUUGCAAUGCUGUUGCGUUAUUGAUAUGCAAUAGCAGCUCUUUAUGAAAAGAGGCUACAGGAGUGUAAAUAUUGCACCUUGAACCAGCAGUAAGAAAAGCUUCAGAAUGUUGAUUCUGUCAAAUACAGACUUUAUUUUGAUUAUUUUAAAGGAUAACACUGUUACACAUUAAGAAAUAUGCAGGAGAGCACAUUCAAAAUGUGAAAUUAGUGUCAAUAAUAUGGUGUGAAGUUAUUCAGAGAUAAUUUUUACUACCAGCUGAUGUCCAGCAAUCACUGUAAUGCAACAGCAUGUGCAUGCACUUUUUAGGGGUUCAUUUAGCUAGCUUUGGGUCCUAUAUGUGUUAAACAGUUGCUGCUCAAUGAUAAUGAAAGUUAUUUACAGAGCACUUUCUAAAACCCAAGUUCAGUGCUGGACAAAGUAACUUAAAUAAAUACAGGAGGUCACUGGGUCGACAAAAAAGGCAAAAAAAAUAGAUGUUUGAAAUACAUAAAAUCCCCAUCUGAAUACAUGAUAUGGUUUAGACUUUCAAAGUGGGAGGGGCUUUUUGCUCUAAUAUCUGCCCUGCAUCUUCUUCUUCUGUGGUGUCUGACUCUGUCCCCCUCUCUGCAGGUUUCCUCUGUUCACAGCUGUGUAUCAGAUCUGUUUUGAGGGAAGGCCGGUCCAGGAGAUGAUCUCCUGCCUGCAGAGCCAUCCAGAGCACAUGUGACCCACUGAGGGGAGCGCUGAAGGGAUUCAUGUAUCAGUUAUAAUCACAAAGCCGUUCAGAGCUGUUUUAGGGUAUGUCCGGGGUCAGCUCUGUGCUGUUGUGGUCUCAAAACUCGAAGAGUGACAUGAUUUUCAUACAUGACUGAAAAUAUGUUCUGCACUACAAAAAUUUAGACACCUUCAAUACAUAACAUGAAUUUUCUUUGUGCUUGAGAUGUUAUGUGAAUUUUAUCUGAUUUUCAAGACCCUGACCCUGAGCUUUUACAAAUAAUUGAUUUUUUUAUCACUUGGGACCAGAACUUUCAAUAUUUCCAGUGUUUGAAUGCAACAUGUUUAUCUGCAUUGACUGUUCAUCAGUUUGUUUAAAAAAAAAGGUGAAUAUCCACAAACUUUUUAUCUUUGGAAACAGCUCCUCACUGAGUCUGGGUGUCAUUUUGUGUUUUAUUUACCUCCUACAGAAACAGGUCAGCAGUGUGCAAAGCAGUAUUUUCCAUAGAUAAGGACAUACUGUUAUUUUAAGGUUUUGUUAUUAUUAUGACUUCAGGUGGAACCCUAAGGGAGACCUGAAGUUAUGUGGAGUUAUCAGAGGAAAUCCUUACUCCUGUUGAUUUAACAGUGCUCCUAAAGUCCACCCUUUACCUCAUAAACAGAUAAUAUCUGUUCGUGUCCAUGAGUUAGAGGACCUGUAGUAUGCGAAACUUCUGUAUGUUAUUACUGCCUUUACAAAAACCAGCAUACAUGUUUAAUACAUCAGGUAUAUCUCUGUGAACUGUUUCUUCAAACUGCCUCAACGUUGCCAAGAUCUGAAUUUGUCCUUCAGUGUUCAUAAAAACUGUGCACACCUCCU